AUGUUGCUCACUCUUAAACAGCCAGCAAAUCACGGCUACAAGGUCUAUUCUCCUCCUACACCACCCUCGAGCUCUCGUUUCUUGGUAGCAUCGCCCUCGACUGGACACUCACUUGCUACCGUCCCUACCAACAACAAGUCUCUCCCGCCUUUGCCCUCAAAAUCAAUGUCGGGCCCGCAUAGAGGUCUGCCUCCUCUAAAUUUACCUUCAGCUCAAACUCAACAACAACAUCCACCGGCACCGCCAGCACCUAUAGGUCAACCACCUUUAGGACAACUGCCGGCUCCACCACAACAAUGGCAAGGUGCCGAAGAGUCGAUGAGGAAUUGGCUGCACGCAAAAGCCGAAGAAGACAAGAGGAAGCAAGAGGAAGAAAAGACAAGACAAGAAUCGCUUCGUUUGGAGCAGAGGAAGAUCGAGCAAGAUAUGUUGAGACAGUCUUUGAAUGGAGGCAUCCCGCCCUACAUGAUUCCAAUGGUUUUUGCUGGAAUGGGAGGUGGAAAUCUUCCAAAUGCUAGCUUGGAAUGGGCCCAGCACUACAUGGCACAGGCGCACCAUCUUCAGCAGCAACAACAGCUCCAGCAGCAGCAGUUACUUCCAUCACAAGGUCAAACUUCUCCCGAGCAGGUCCAGCGCAGAGAUUCGAGAGCAGUAGGCCCUCCAUACGGUACUCAGCAGCAUCCAGUCCCUAUCACCCUUCCAUCAACACCAAUAGGUCCAGGAGGCUCUCAGCAGGGUUCCAACUUUCCACCCAGCUAUCUGAUGUCCCCAGCAUCUCGAUCCCGUCAGGGUCCUCAAGCGCAAAGUUCAAUUGCCAGGCCGCCUCAGACGUCUCACUUACCUAGGCUGAAUACGGGAGAAAUCCACAUCCAGCCACCUCCGGCAGGUCCAAGCAUGCAAAUUCUCCCAGGUCAACCAGCAAGUCACCCAUUACAGCAGUCACAAUCAGUUCAACAGCAGGAGUCACAAUCUUCUCCAUCAAUCUAUUUUCACCACUGGCAGCCGCCCACAACGCAAGCAGGCACAUCGAAUCAUACCUCGUCCCCAAAGAAACGCAAGGCUACUGGACCUCAACAACCUGCACCGCCACCAACUUCACAACCACAGUACACCUCUCCUCCCUUCUCACGGACAGGAUCGUCAGUCUCGAACACACCUUCGAGCCGACGAAGAGGGCACUCGAGGCAGAGAAGCGAUAUGUCCUCUCGAGGGCUGGAUUCGUACGGACGACCCUCCAGUCGCCAAGGUGGCUUCACUUCGCGUGGUCUCGCGUCCCCAAGCCAAGCUCAGAGUGGAGAGCCAACGCAAGUUUCUACUAUGUCUGCAGAAGCUCCGCGACGACGAUCCGGGGGUUCACACCCCGUCUCCUCGCUUUUGGAGCAGAGCGAGUCGCGGCCACAGUCGCAAGCACAUCCGCAAUCUCAAGCAUCACAACAACAAACGCAAGGCGAUCCUCAGUACUCGGCUGGACCGGAGAUGAGGCACGAAGCACGUCGUUCGUCGGUGGAGGGAGAGAGCUCUCGAGGAGGAAACGUUAUCAAGCGAGAUGAGGGGCGAGAUUGA